AUGCUCAACAUGGAUGCAUUAGGUCAAAAAGUGAGUUUGGUUCAGAUCCCUAGGAAAAAGGAACUCAAACAGAAGAAUCUUUCAGUGUCAGUGAUUGCAAGAUUGUUGGAGGUUGAGAAUAAAAAUGACAACGUCAUUGCAUUUGGGUGGGAGCCAAAGGGGCAUAGGUUUGCUGUGAUUCACGAUGAUAGCCCAAGGCGUGAUGUCAAUUUUUGCUCCAUGAAAAAUGCUCAAGACACUGGCCGAGUGUUAAAUCUCACAACUCUCGAGGACAAAAAUGUUGCAACUUCCGUGACUUCAGUUCAUGAUAUGGAAAAUGGGGUCAUGCUAGUUAGUGGGUAUGAAAGAAAGGAACUGGACUUCCAGAAAAAUCAGCGUUUUUUUGGGCGCCCCACAGGAUUGGUUUUGAAAUCGCUUUUCCUCUUCCUGAGGUAA